UAACGGGCCCCCCUUCCCUGCCCCCACCACCACACUACCCCCUUCUUCCUCAUUUGUCUCUAGCAAAACAGAGCAUUGACCACGAGGUGUUCUUUCUCAGCGUCAAUGGCGCCUAGGAAUGUCUACACAGGAGAAGGAGGGAGCUCAGUCAUAUCCACGGAUCUAAGCCAUGGCAAUGUUGAAUCAGGCGAAUCUCUUCAGCCCGUCCAACCUACGGCCGAUGUACCUCCAGAAGAGAUUCCGCAUCCAGAGUUCUUCGGCAUAGAUACUUCCUAUCCACAUAGGUGCCAUCACAAAAUGUGUCCAGCAAGAAAAGUGGCUUUCGUCUACACGGCCACAGGCAGGAGGUUCCUUGGAUGCCCUCUCUCGGGACCUGAUAGGUGCUCCUGGUUCAUGUGGAUAGAUGAAGCAUGGGGUCCUGUACUUAGCCGUUCAUUAAUACAACUUUGGGAUCAGGCUCUCCUGGACUCUGGAGGAGCAGCAAGGUUGCAGACAAAGAAAAAGGUAAUGGAGCAAGCAUACUUAGAGUUGUGGACUGAGAGGAGCAAUAAGGAGAUUGAAAACCAGCAGGUGGUCAACAAGUUGAAGACCACAAUACUCGACACUGAGAUUAAGAUGUCAAGGAGGUUAGCUGAAGACCACUGCCAACAUAUAGUGUAUUGUUUCCGAUUAUGAAGUUUGGUCGCAUUAUACCUAUGCUUCAUUUGGAUCAUGCAAAUAUCCGUGGCAAAACAAAGGAUUCGACCUCAGGGCCAUAUUCACUGUAAACCUCAUGAUUAAGAAGUUCAGACUUCACCCUACCAGCAGAAGAAAGGAUCUCUUCUCUAAUGUACCAUCCCCAAUUGAACAUUUGAAUCAUAUCAGGAGAUCCUACUGAUGGCACCCCCAGUAGCUUGCCGACGUCUCCGUCGUCGAAAGGUAUAUAACAUCCAUGACAUGCAUCAGGUAUCUCAGGUUAGAGUUAAAAAAAACUCCAUGCCGUGCAUCAGGUAUUCACAACUUCCAUAAAGAUGUAUCAGGUAUCUCUAAUCUUACCCUAAAUAUCCCAUCCCAAACAAUUGCAAACAAUCAAGAACAAGAAAAACUACUUGCAUUUGGAAAUGCCACAGAAACCAAACUACUAAAAUGAUAAAUAUGUUGUUAAAGAUCCAAUCAUCAGGGAGGAAAUCAACAAACACUGCCCAACUCGAACAACAAACAUGUGGUACCUUUUUUCCAGUAGAACCAGUGAGGAGCUCCUAGUUCUUCAUCCUUGGGGAGAAGGAGCUCCUAGUUCUUCAUCUUUUUGGGGAAGGAGCUCCUAGUCCUUCAUCCUUGUUUUGAAGGAGCUCCUAGUUCUUCAUCCAGGGUGGGAAGGAGAUCCUAGUUCUUCAGCCUUGGGGAGAAUGAGAGAGGAGCACCAAAUGCGAAUGAAUGUAUGACAAUGGACUCUACCCUCUCACAGCUCUUCCCUUCAACAAGUGUUAGGUUCUAGGUGUCUAGACAAGUGUUUAGAAUCUUUUUGUACAUGACACACAGCUACCUGCCCUUGGCUUCCAAAAAGCCCUUGAAAUCUGAGCCACAGUAGAUUCAGUUACAAAUGACUAUUUCACCCUCCUGUAGAAAGCACGCUACAUUUUAUUAAUAGUUUAUGAAGCAACUGUACUCAAUCUGCUGAGCUCAAAACAUUGGGUUAUUAUCUUUUUUUCCAAUUGUAUUAAUUAUCUAAUCCACUAAAUGCCAUAUGAAACGUGGAUCCAUUAAGGUUCAUAUUUUGGUAUAGUUGUACAAUAUUAAACCACCUUGUUUCUAACGGUCAAAUACAGCCAAAAUGAAAUGUACAGUUGUUUGGUGUUCAGAUAGAACAUCCAAACAAGACUAUAUACUACAACUGUUGGCACACACAAACGAAAGGUUCUGUGUUGAUGGCAUUCAGGUACAUUAAUUGUUGAAUAUUAAGUGCAUAUGUAAAAGGCAUACUCCUUGGUUCACUGCCAGCUUCCCCGAACUUCUUUGAUCUUAUUAGGUUCUUUGGCACAUGAAUAUUAAGUUCAUUGGUACAAAAAAAUUGCACCUUCAUGAAUGUGUUCCUUUUUCGUCAUCCAUAGAUCCCUAGGGCGUGGCUACACUUGUGGAAAAUGAAAACAUGCAUGACGGGUACAAAAAUAACUUGGUGGGUGACCAGGAAAUGUAGAAUGCAGGGAAUACAAAUUCUUGAUAGUUCAACAUCAUCCACUUAACUAAAAGCCCGACAUUUAAAUCUACUGCUUACUUGACACUACUAGCAUUGAAGCACUUCUUAAGAAGACGGAUGAUGCCAGUCCUAAGACUCACACUAAUGAUAAGGUUGCAAAUAUAACUAAAGGAAGGUACUUUCCUGGUUUGCUAACCCAUUUGUUCCCACUUAAUCCGAACCAACUAUUCAUUUCCCAACCCAAGCAGCCCCGAUUGCGAUCAUGGCUGCCACUGGCGCAGUGGACGCGAGUGCAAGUUGUAGCACCUUGUUCAUCGUCCUGAGGUUCCUGAUCUCCCUGUUCCUAUCAGCCAUUUCCUCGAUGAACUCGUCUCGGUCUUCUGUCACCUCCCGCAGCUUCACCCGUUCAGCUUGGAUUCUCUUCUGCACGUAUUCCUCCAGUACAUCCUCCCACACGUAGACCUCGCACGCUCUCCUCUGAACCUGUACAUAAAAAUCAAGAAACAAGAGCAAAAGAAUCUUUAGCCAGUGCAGGUACUGAACAGAAUCUGCUACAUUUUGUCUUAUCUAUAUAUUCUUACCCCAUAGUUCACGCAGCUGAAGUAGAACUUGUCCUGCCUCGCCACCGCAGAUCCAGCUUUCCUGGUGCAUGGCAUGCCGCAUGCACAUCGAAGUAUCGGAUUUCCAGUCGACAUGUUCUUGUAGAAGAAGUGCUUUGUUCUUGCAGAAGAAGUGUUGUGCUGAUUCAUGAUCCAUUCCACUUGUAUGCAUAGACCUUGAAUUUAUUGUAUGCAGCUGUCUACAACCAACCAUAGUACGCAUGCUUUUGGCGCUACUGAAGGGGGCAGUGUCCGGGUCGUGCCCAUACGGUGCGCCGGUCGAACAGUAAAGUUGUGAGGUCAAAUUGACCUUAUCUCUACUGCAUCGUUGUUUGAGAGGAGUGCAUGGUCGACUGGUCAUUUUGACUCACCCGUGAGCUGUGCAACACUCUGGAUAGUAGGGCAUGGGCGACAUGGCAUUGUACCACUCCUCUCUAAUUGAUGCAUGUUUUCUAUUAUUUUAAUACGCCCACUUUCCCUCCUCAUCUACUCCACGGCAUACACUCCCUCUUCACAUGAAUUGGUUAAUCAACAAUUCUCCAUUGGGAGAGCCUUAAACUCGUCAUUGGUAUCUCAGAGUCAGUUUGCCCCAUUUUCAUAUCAACACUGAAAAAAAACUAUUUUCCUUAACCGUGUAUCCCACUGAGAAACAAGUCAAAAAACUGCAUUAUCAUUCAGAUAACGCCUCCCUUGGAUCCCUCCUGCCCAGCUCCCACCUACAUGUCAAAUCAACUUAAACUGUUGCCCUGCUUGAACUCUCUAUACGCUAGUACCUCAAAGCUGUAUAUAACUCAACCAUCCCUACCUCGUUCUCCUACACACCAACGUCAUGGAUCACAAUGCCGACGAGACAGAUGCUCUAUUCACCGGCGAAGCCAUGAUGGUAUCCCCCGCACGCUCAACUGCCACUACCGUCAUCCCCGCUUAUCCAUCCACUCUCAGGCCUAUGACAAUUAAGCAGUUGUAUGAUGGAUUCCUGGAGGACAUAGAGCGUUACCCUAUCGUAGUUGACGGAGACACCGUGUCAUCAGUGAUCCUGAUAGGAACUGUUUCACACUCUACUGUUCGAAUGAAUCACUGGUCCUUCGAUCUACAGGAUGCCACAGGGUUAAUCAACAUAUCUUUCUCGUCGGAAACAACUUCCGACUUUAAACUUGCUUGGUCAUCAAGCAAUGGCGACUAUGUUCAACUAUUUGGCAAACCUGCCAUGAAUGACAGAUUCCUUCAGAUUAAAUCUUUCAAGAUCAGGUUAAUCGAAAACUACAAUGACACCACACACCACUACUUGUAUACCAUACACACCACAUUAGACAUUCGUAAGAGAAACACCCACAAGGCAAGAAUGGAACCUGACUCCACAGCAUCAACUGUUUUCCCAAAGGGGCCGUCAAUUACCCCGUCGGAGGUGCCCUUGCAUUCGUCAACAAAGGACAAGAUAGUUGCCAUCCUGCGAGACCCAUCUUACCGCGAUAUUCAGCAUGGCGUUAGCUUGAAGUUAAUCCGUAGUGCACUGGACAUCAGCCAGGACGAGAUAAUGCAAGUCAUUACGGAGCAAAUCUACAUUGGGAUGAUAUACACAACUAUUGAUGACAACCACUUCAAGUCCUCCAUCUGAAUUGGUCGAUUAUCCCUGUGUUAAUUAUUAGAGCUAAAUAAUGUACUUGAGUGUCAGACAUUUAUGGUUAAGCCAUUCUGUGGAUUUUCAGUUAGACCUAUCAUGAUUGUAAUAUUUAUUUCAUCACUUUA